AGAAAACAAAUAUAGUUUCAAUUUAGUUGCUGCGGGAAGUUAAUUACCUGAAAUUGCACCAUACAUAGCUUCCAUUGCAGCUUUAAUUUUAACAUCAUUUUUGAUCAUAUUAUAAAUUCUUUCGAUCGCUUUGACUCUUAGCAUUUAAUUAUAAUGGCUCGUUAUUUCUCCAACUCCAAGAUUGUUUCUGCUUUCAUUGUAGACUCUGUUUCUACAGCUAUUUCUAGGCGUGGAUAUGCAGCUGUAUCACAAGGUGCUGUUUUUGGUAGUGUAAGAGGUACUGGGGCUGUGAGAAGCAAUGUGAUGAUGAAGAAAAGUGUAGAGGAAUCAAACAAGACAACUUCAUGGGUACCAGACCCUGUUACUGGUUAUUACAGGCCAGAGAGCCAUGUCAAGGAAGUCGAUGCUGCUGAGCUUAGAAACAUGUUGUUGAAGCACAAGAGACAACACUGAGAAAAAACAUAGGAUCAAGAAUUGUGUCUUGACGAGCAAAGGCGAAUUCAGAAUUUGAAUGUUCAUCUUUCGCCGCUGAUCUCAUUGUACUUUUGGAAGUAUGAGUUCAGAAUAUUAGUGAAAAUUUUAGUAAUUUUUCACAUAUAUUUAUAUCUAUUAUCAGUGUAAAAGUAAAACUAGUUUGUUGAACCUUGUAUUGCUUCCACCUUUGUUGAUAGGCUGAGGUGGAUUCAGAAUUUUAAACGCUCAACUUUUAAAUGUUCCGUCUUUUGUGUUCUUGUUGUGAUUGAACUCCUUGUAAUUUUGGAAUUACGACUUCCGAACAUAAUGUUAGUGGAAAUAUAGUAAUUUCUCGAAUA